CUAAAAUGACAUGAGAAACAAAAUAAUCUAUAUUAUCUUUUCAUAUGUAUACUAAAAAUUAAUAUAAAAUACGUCCAAUAAUUUUAUAGGAAAUGACUACAGGAGGAUCUGGAGCAGUCUUUUUUCUGGGCAACCGUGCUCAUUACCAGGUCCUCCAGCAGCCGGAGUCACAGUGCGACGUUGAAAAUGGAAACGCAUCCACAGAAACUAUAUACAGGAACCCGUCAGUUAGCGAGACGUGGACGGAACAGACGGAUAGAGACAACAAUAGCUGCUCGAACGCAACUAGCAACUGGAGCUACUGCGACCAAACAGAUACAUCAGAUGACAAAUUGGACAUCGGCAGUGGUAUAAAAAGACGAACUAACAGACGCACGAGCGAGACGGCACUGUGCGAAAGAGACGCCGAGAUGCGGCCGGCACUGCUCAAUUCCCUUGGAAAUAAUGUAACUCCAAAGACGAAACCACGUCGGCGCAUCUCCCCCCUCACCUUCCUGGCGUCGCUGGCCCGGCGCAAGAAGAGAAUGGACACCGACCAGAUCCAAUAUUUGCAGCAUUUGGAGCACGUCCUAACCAAUUGCUCCUACAGAGAGUCCUGUCGGUGCCUCGAUUGUCAGAGCCGUUACUUUGACUGUGAUGAAAGUGAUGAUUACACGUCAGACGAAAGCGACUACACGCCUCGAUAUGUCUCGCAGCCGACCGUCCGUAUCAGUGAAGAAUGUGAUGAAGACGAUGAUGAUGAUGAUGAGGUAUUCAUAGAUACAGUUCCCGGUGAUAAUACAUCAACAGACCUGCUCCUCGAAGGUAAGGAGAAGAUGUCGGUGUCAUCUGACGAGACUGAGGACCCUGCAAACGAGGAUAUGCAACUAGAAGUGGCCGCCGGCACGCCAGUACUGCUCAAUUACUUGCUCACACAUCCAAUAACUUGCAAUAUUCAAUAAGACUUAAACUGCCUGAUAGAUUUAAAAAAAUAAUGUGAUGUUUUUGGGUUUAUGGUAUUGUCUUUGGCCGUGUCUGUGGUCAGUUUUUUUUUUACAGAAAUGAAAUACACCAUGUAUUCUACUGAUAUUUUCUGGAGAGACUACAGCGUGGCUUUUUUCAAGAAUGGUAUAUAUGGGUCGACAACGCGCAUGUGACACAUUUGGUGUUUCAGGCGUUCAUAGGCUACGGUAACCAUAUACAAUCAGAUGGACCGCACGCUUGUUGGUGACCAUCGUAUCGUAUAAAAAAAUAUGCUGGCCGGACACCAGUGGAGGAUGUCAGGAUGAGCAUGAAGUCAGGUCAAGUAGUAUAUCAUGAGGAGUUUACCACGAAGGUUUAGGCAGGCCGUAUAAACAUUAGGAUUACUGGUCCCCAUGACUACCAAUUUCUUUCCCCCCUCAAGCUCAAUUGAAUUCAAGGAUCAAUUCGUCCAGAUAAUACUGCUUUCCUGUAAGGGGUCAUCCACAAAUUACGUCACCAAUAUGACGACGA